AUGAACCAUCUUUCAGUAAGUGAUUACGAAGAGUUGAAAAUUCCUGUCCCCUGGGGAUUUAUUUCGGGUCGAUGGUAUGGCAAUCGAAUGGAACGACCCAUUCUGGCACUUCAUGGAUUUUUGGACAACCUGGGGACCUUCGAUCGACUGAUUCCCCUGCUUCCCGAUCACGUGGGAGUGCUCUGUAUCGAUUUUCCAGGACACGGAAGAUCCUCGCAUCUGCCACUAGGAAUUCGCUAUGAUGUGUACAACGAUGUCUUCCUUAUUCCCCGGGUCAUGAAGCAUUUUGGCUGGAAGAAGGUUUCCCUUUUGGGUCACUCACUUGGUGCCUUCUAUGGAUUUAUUUACUCCACCAUGGCUCCCGAUACCGUGGACAUGAUUAUUUGUUUGGAUUGUGUGCUAAUGCCCAGAUUUGAUAGUGAUACUGCCUUAAAAGGCUUUCGCAUGUGUUUUGAUCAGCACAUGAUUCAGGAUGAGAUGCUGGCCAAGGGUAAUUUGCAGGAGCCACCUUGUUACACACUUCCAGAAUUGGGGGAUCUCUUCGCCAAUGGACUAAUGAGUUCGGUGACCCCUGAAUUGGCCCAGCACUUACUCCACCGUCAGGUGAAGGAAUCGGGACUCAAUCCGGAAUCCUUUUACUUCACCAGAGAUCGAAGGGCCAAGUUCUACAAUUACUGGGACAUCGAUGAGGAACUUGCUAGCGAAAUGGCCAGGAGAGUGGGAAAGAAACCCUUCCUCAUACUCAAAGGAUCCAUGUCGCCCUUUUUGAGUCCCCGAAGUGAUGGGGCCAUUUCCAUUUUGGCCCAGGAUAAUCCACACUUUGAGUUCUACGAAGUGGAUAAUGGUACCCAUCACAUUCAUCUCCAAUUUCCCGAGGAGUGCGCCCAGUACAUAGUUCCCUUCAUCCAAUACCAUCGACCACCGGGAGGAGGUGAAAUACCUUUGGGAAAGUUAUAA